GGUUCAGCUCGUGAAGGGCUAUACACUGGGGACGAGGAGAAAGGGAAAGGGGUCUUUCUGUGGACCAACGGGGACAAGUACGUCGGGCAGGUCGAGAGGAGCGUCGCGCACGGAUGGGGCGUGUUGAGCAGCAAGAGGAGCGGAGAUAUUUACAACGGAGCCUUCGUAGGAGGAGAGAUGCAUGGUUGGGGAGAGCUCAGGUUCGGGAACGGGGAGAUCUAUGAAGGUUCCUUCCAUAAGGGACUGGCGGACGGGCAUGGCACCAUGACAGGAGGAUCAGGAGAACGAUACGUUGGAGGGUUCAGGAACGGCAAAGCUCAUGGGAAGGGCGUGAAGAAAUGGGGGGAGAUGAGGAAAUACGAUGGAGAGUGGAGGUCGGGGAAAGAGCACGGAAGAGGGAAAAUGACCUGGGCAGACGGCAGCUGGUACGACGGAGAAUGGAAGGACGGAAAGAUGGAUGGACAGGGAACGAUGGUGAACUCUCACGGACUCAAGUUCGUCGGGGGAUGGAAGGAGCAUAAGUUGCACGGGGAGGGAAAGUGGACGUUUGUGGAUGGCAUCGAGGUGGGAGGGAGGUGGGAGGAUGGAAAAGUUGUCAACCUUGGAGAGUUUGUGUAC